AGCGGUGGCGCGCCGGGCAGCUGCGCACCCCCAGGAGCGCCCGCGCAGCGCGGAUCUUUGGGCGGUGGGGGCUCUUCGCCGCGCCCGAGCGCCCGCCAUUGCGCAGGCGCCAUAGGAAGAGCCGCACCUCGCAGCUGUACGUUUGGGUCUCCGCGCCCCCGGGACCCACGCGCGUCGGGUUCCGCGCGCUGGCGAGACGCGGCGGCGGCGGUGGCAGGAACCCUGAUUGCCGUCCUUCAGUACCUUCGGCAUGAAGUUAUUAGUAAUACUUUUAUUUUCUGGACUUAUACUUGGCUGUAGAGGUAACUCUUCCUAUAGUUUGCCACCCAAGUUACUGCUGGUGUCCUUUGAUGGCUUCAGAGCUGACUAUCUACAGAACUAUGAAUUUCCGCAUCUCCAGAAUUUUAUCAAAGAAGGUGUCUUGGUAGAGCGUGUGAAAAAUGUUUUUAUCACAAAAACAUUUCCAAACCACUACAGUAUUGUGACAGGCUUGUAUGAAGAAAGCCAUGGCAUUGUGGCUAAUUCCAUGUAUGAUGUAAUUACAAAGAGACAUUUUUCUGACUUGAAUGACAAGGAUCCUUUUUGGUGGAACGAGGCAGUGCCUAUCUGGGUGACAAAUCAGCUCCAAGGAAACAGGUCCAGUGCUGCUGCCAUGUGGCCUGGCACCGAUGUGCCCAUUCACAACACCACACCUUCCUACUUUAUGAAUUAUAGCUCCUCAGUGUCAUUUGAGGAGAGACUAAACAAUAUUACUGUGUGGCUGAGCAAUUCGAACCCACCAGUCACCUUUGCAACACUCUAUUGGGAAGAACCAGACGCAAGUGGCCACAGAUAUGGACCUGAAGAUAAAGAAAACAUGCGCAGGGUGCUGAAAGGAAUAGAUGACCUCGUCGGUGACCUAGUCUACAAACUCAAGACGUUAGGAUUGUGGGAAAAUCUUAAUGUGAUCAUUACAAGUGAUCAUGGGAUGACCCAGUGUUCUCAGGACAGACUGAUAAACUUGGAUUCCUGCAUCCGUCGUUCAGACUACACUGUGAUAGAUUGGACCCCAGUUGCUGCCGUACUUCCCAAAAUAAAUAGAACUGAGGUUUAUAACACACUGAAAACCUGUCACCCUCACCUGAAUGUUUAUCUCAAAGAAGAGAUUCCUGCGAGAUUUCAUUACCAACAUAACGAUCGAAUUCCGCCUCUUAUUUUGGUUGCUGAUGAAGGCUGGACGAUUGGGCGAAAUAAAUCAUCAUCAAAAUUAGGUGACCACGGCUAUGAUAAUUCUUUGCCUAGUAUGCAUCCGUUUCUAGCUGCCCACGGCCCUGCAUUUCACAAGGGCUACAAACACAGCACGAUUAACAUUGUGGACAUUUAUCCAAUGAUGUGCCACAUCCUGGGAUUAAAACCACAUCCCAAUAACGGAACCUUUGGUCAUACUAAGUGCCUGUUAGUGGACCAGUGGUGCAUUAACCUCCCAGAAGCCAUUGGAAUUGUUAUUGGUGCGCUCUUGGUCUUAACCAUGCUGACAGGCCUCAUAAUCAUCAUGCAGAAAAGAUACUCUGUACCCCAUCCAUUUUCCCGACUUCAGCUACAAGAAGAUGAUGAUGACCCUUUAAUUGGGUAAUGUGCAGGGGUUUAUACAAAGUGUCUUUGGUUAGUCACAAAACGAAGGAUACACCCAAGGAAUGGUGGUGUAACUACGAAGAAGUCUACUGUGGAAGACAAAGAACUUAGACGGAGCCUGCUAAAGUUAUUUUGUUUCGUUUUUCCUUGUGUUUUGUUUUGGUGCAUUAGCUAAUACAAAAGACUCUGAUCAUAGUAAAAAUUGCUAGUAAGUCAUUAGUUAACACCAACUAUCUCUCUAACUAGAAACAUCUUUUUAAGAAAAAUUCUGCCUCUGCCCUUUUUUUUGCAAUGAAGAUUUGACACAUCUUUAGAUAAAAUAUACCAAAAUUUAGUAGGCAUGCUUUUCUAAUAAAUUUUUAUAUUUGUAAAUGAAACAACCGAAAUCUUUAUGCAACUAGUGGAUUCUGUGUAUCAGGGAGGAAAAGUUUCCUAUAUUUUUAUAUUUGUCUUUAAUAGAGUUUGUAUCCCAAGUAAACCCUGGAGGUAGGAAAUUCUCUGUGAUGGUUAAUAGAACUGGUUAACCAGGCUGAAAAGAUCUAGUAUGGGAAGAAAUUAUUUUAAGAAAAGCUAUUAUAAAAAAACAAAUGACGACCAUGUGAUACAGAGCCUGAGUCUUCACUGCUGUGUCUUUGUUAAGACCCUUUAGCUGUUGAAGACUCUAAAGUUUUAUGUCUUGAAGAUUAUUGCUAAUAAUUAAGAAAAUAGAGAAGAGUACUUUUCUCUGUUUGUGCUUAAUGCCUUUGUGUAAGUUAUUUAGUUGUGUGUGUGUGUGUGUGUGUGUGUGUACAGACUUUAUGUGACUUAGAGGAGGUCAGGUGGCUUGGACUGUAGGCAGGUGUCCACAUUCCCACUGAACACAGUUCUCAGGAAAGGUUGUAUUUGCACUUCGUAUUUGUUUACUUUCUUCUGACUCACAAGGUAAAAUCAUACUUUUAAAAAAUGCAGUAAUUUUUGUUACCUUUUUAACUUUCUCAUGUUGUUUAUUGUAACCAGAGAUAUCCAGGUGCUCCAGAAAAAUUGAUGACCUGGAUACAAACCUGGUAUCGAUUGGGUCAGAAGGAGGAAGAGAGAUUUUUAUAUUUAUUUUUUGGACUUUUAUGUGUUACAGGCAACACUUGAGUAGUUAAAGCUCCUGGAGUAGUUAAAGCUACAAUGGAAUUUGGUAUCUUUUGAUCUUUUACAUUAUUCAUGUGGUAGUCGGUGGAAUAAACUCUUAGCACUGGUGGAAUAAACUCUUAGCACUCUGUUAACGUUCACUAGCCUGAGUGCUGCCUCUGCCUUUCUCUCCAGUAUUUGGUUCCUAGAAAUAAUCCCCCUGCUCAUGUUGUUUUUAACAUACUUGUUCAGAGCCAAGGGUUUGUGGUAAAGAACUGUCAUCCUACCUUUGCCAAGUGGUCCCUUCUAAUAAUCAAACUGAAUGUGAUGAACCUGAGUCGAGGCAGACUAGAUUGUAUCUAUCAGAGGGAAAAUUGGGCUCAAGAAGCAUUCAUCAGGACCUGAGGCAAGCAAUUAAUAGUGUGACCUUUAAAGUGUUGACAAUAUAAAAUAAAGUAGGUAACUGUUUCGCAGAUACAAAAUAAUCUACAGUACAUAUGCAGCCCCCUUAAAAUGUUGUUUGUCCGUGAGAGUAAAGAACAGCGAUGCCAGUCAUCAGACAUGUCAGUCAUGCUAAAUACUGCUGAUUUCCUGACCCUGGUGUUUAGUGCCUAUUGUAUUUGGGGUUCUUGAGAAGCAUUUCCACACCCUGUGUUAGUAGUCCAUGCUGUUGGUCAUAAGUUGGCUGUAUUAAGAACAGCAUAGUGAAUAAAUGAAAUCAACCAAUAGGACUAAUGUUGCUUUUUGACAGAUUUUAUUUCUGAUUGUUUUUCCUCACAUAAAAAUUAUCCCAAAGGUUAAUAGUUGAUCUGAAUGAAACAAUGGAAAAUUUCUUUCUACUUAAAUUUCCAUUGAAAAAGAAAGACAAAGAAUAGACUAGUCCUGUUUAAAGCAGUGGACAUUUCUCUGAAGUGUCUAAAAUAGUAGCAGGAUAUUUCAUAUUAGUUGAGUAGAGUUUGAUCCGUGAGUGGUGUUGAGUUUUAGUGAUUGCAUUAGCUUGAUUGGUGGUUGUGAGUUUCAGAAAUCUGUCUGUGGCAUCCAGCCUGUGGGUGGAUUUUGUCUAGCAUGGGAUAGGAAGGGAAGCCUGGUGAAAAGACAUUUACCUGUUUGUCUUGUGUUUCAUUCCAUUCUCAAAAUAUUAACUCUAAUUAAAAUUGUAAAAUUUUAAUAUAUAUGUUGAUGGGACAAGAAAAGUAUUUAUUUAAUCAAAGAUGUUUAUAUAUUGAAUUUUAUGUUAAUUCAUUUGUAUCUUUAAAACAUUAUCACUGUACAGCCAAUGACUCCUCUAGUGCACUGAGAAAAUCUUUUAGUGAAGCCAGUGUUUUACAUUAAGGUUGUGGUGUUUUGUUAAAUAAUUGACUAGUAUGUAUGCUGCUGUUUUCUGGGUGGCAGAAAGUGUUUGGUUCCAGAAACGUUUAACUGUUUAUGGCACCAGUACUCAAAGGUAACAGGAGAACUUUUUAUUAAGUGUUUUUGUAAAUUCAGUGAGUGAAUUCAGAAGAAGUGUUUACUUACAGGGAUAGUCAUUUCUGCUGCUGUUACUACUGUGCAAGUUCUGCUGGUAAACGGCAAUAGAAUAAAGUUAGUUCAAUGCUCUGUACUAUAGGCUUUGUAGUAUUGUUCCGUGAAGCUUGGGAUAAGAAUUUAAGGAUACAUUUUUGUAACAUUAAAGGAGUAAAAAUGCCCGUGCGUUUUUCUUGGGUGUCUCCCUCUCUUGCCCAUAUCUGGUAAGCUUUAAGGAUGAUUGCAUUUAAUUCCUUUGAUCUGGAGGGUUUUACUUCAUUGUGAAUACAUAAAGCGACAAAUGAAGGACAAAGAUGAGAUGGAAGUGUGUAUUUAUUGUCAAUUCUUUAAAUAGUGUAUAAAUAAAAUGACAUGAGUGUGCUUUAAAGACAUUUGUAUGUAGUGCCUUAAGUUGAAUGUAUUUUGACCAUACUGUUUGAAUUCAUAGUUAACAACUUUGCUUAUGAUUAAAAAAUUUUAUGUGAGUAAAAUCUA